AUGGUGGUGGCCAUAAAGUUUCCCAAGGUGUAUUUCCUACUGUGGGUUCUAUUCAUUGCGUUCAGUGUCAGGAUUAAGUCUCGUAAUGGGUCUGUAUUCAACGAUAAUUUAAAGUUCUUAGACGAGAUUGAUUCCUUGUCGUUGGUAGUAGCACAUCCUGAUGAUGAGGUUAUGUUUUUUGCACCCACUAUACUAGAAUUGGACUCUAGGUUACCUCCCAAUGUAGAGUUUAAUGUUGUAUGUCUUUCUAAAGGUGGCGCUGAUGAAUUAGGUGAUACUAGGGUUCAAGAAUUAAAGGAAUCUGUGAAUCUGCUGCUAGCUAAUAGUAAACGUCAGUACCAAUUGCAACAGCAUGACUAUCCUGAUGGACAUGAAGAAACCUGGGAUCAGGAAAGUGUUCAGUCAACCAUCAAGGAUUCAGUUCUCCAGGGUAGAAGAUCAAGUGUACUGUUAACGUUUGAUGAUAAAGGAGUUUCCAAGCACGUCAACCACAUUGCAUGUCAUGAAGCCGUUUCAAACCUUGUACAGGAUGAAUCCAAUGUAAAAGCAGCUCUCUACCUGGAUAGUUAUGGUGAUAACAUUGUACUCAAAUACAGUGCAUUCUUCUGGGAAAUUUGGAAAUUGACCAGAGAUUGGUUCUUGCAUCGUGUUUUGCCUACAUCGAGUUAUAAUGAGAACAAGCCUGCCACUGAGAUUACGUUGAUGAGCGAUUACUCAAGCUACAUCCUUUCAUUUGCCUCUAUGCUUCAUUCACAUAAAUCGCAAAUGGUUUGGUUCCGCUACGGUUGGUGGACGUUCUCGAGAUUUGUGUUCGUUAACGAUCUUAAAGUGGUCAAUAAGUAA